AUGGCCACGGAUCCGCAAGUUCUAUUUUGCGUGGUGCUGACACUGCUGCUUCCGCUUCGUCUUCACACUACGUUAAGCCCCAUCCAAGAGAAGCUGCGGCAGCCUUUCGGUAGCAUUCGCCUGAAUGCUGCUUGGAAUGUGCUAUGCGUCGCUUUGUCGGUUCUUGCAUGCCGUCGUUGGGGCAUCGAGAUGUGGCAGAGGGGUCUGCGUGGUAUGGUGGCCCUCGCUGGCAGGGAAGUGCUGAGAACUGUAUGUUCGUUGCCGUACAUCAGAGGCAUUGUGCGCAGAGAGGUCGCCAAAGAGUUAAAGGCUAUUGAAGUAUCCAUCCACGGCAAUGGGGAUCCUACGGCAGUGCUUGAGCUCCCAAAGCAGGGGCUUCCCCGCGAGGAGAUCCUCAGGCGAAUCCAGGUGGCCAGCGCUGCCGAAGCUGCGGAGUAUGUGGGCGUCGGCAAGAAGUGGGCCGGUAUUUACCACUCGCCGGUUGGGGAAUUGGUGGAUCUCCAGAACAAGGUCUGGGGCAUCUACAACUGCUCCAAUACCUUGUAUGAGGGGGUGUUCCCCUCUGUGCGCAAGUAUGAGGCAGAGCUGAUUAGCUGGGCGGUUCGUAUGCUGAACGGCGCGAGAUCUACCUGCGGGCUGUUGACAUCCGGUGGAACAGAAUCCGUGAUGCUCGCGGCACUGUGCUACCGUGAGCUUGGACGGAGUCGCGGGAUUGCCACACCUCGCAUCUUGGCAGCCAACACCUGUCACCCUUGCAUUGUCAAAGCCUGUCAUUAUUUCGGAAUCACGCUGACGAAGAUCCCAGUCGAUGAUUCUACAGGCUUUGCACUGAGAGCCAGGCGAGUACGAAGACACCUUACAGGUGAUGUGGUGUGCAUCUACGCCUCUGCACCUACAUUUCCCCAUGGCGUUGUGGAUUGCAUUGAAGACCUUGGCGUGCUUGCCGAAAGAUGGGGUAUUGGCCUGCACGUGGACAACUGCUUGGGCGGAGUUCUUCUGUCGUACAUGGACCAGCAGGGCUUGACCGAUCAUCAAGCCUGGGACUUCAGGGUUCGUGGAGUCAGCUCUAUCAGUGUGGAUCUUCACAAAUAUGGCAACACCUCGAAAGGCGUCAGUGUCAUCGCUUUCCGAGAUCCAGCGCUGCGUCGCCUGACCUACGUCCCCGUGACGGAUGGCUGUGAAGGCUUGUAUGUGACACCCACCAUGCAAGGGGCCCGAGGAGGGGCCGUCAUCGCACAAGCAUGGGCGACCAUGCUGUUCUUUGGAGAUGCUGGCUACGCAAAAUUUGCGGCUCGCAUUCACAGGGCUCACAAACUGUAUCAGGAUGUGAUUGAUGCUAUUCCGGGCCUGCACGUGCUUUGCAAGUGUCAUGCCUGCAUCGUACCUGUUGGGUCCAGCAAGUACAACAUCUACUCUGUCGCCUCUCUCCUGGAAGAGAAAGGUUGGAACUUGGCGACCGGACAGUUUCCACCUUGCCUUACCAUUUGUAUAGGAGAGCGGCACGACGAAAUUAUAAAUGAAUUUACAGCUGAUCUGCGUGCGGCUGUUGACUUUCUGGAUGCCACGCCAUCUUACAAACCCUCCGGCGCAGCUGCGGUCUACGGGGCGAUGCCGACAACACCCACUACUGUCCUGGAAGAAGUUGUGCGAAGCUACGUGGACAUGCGCAUGUCGAUCAAGCAAGCAGAAAGUUAG